AUGUCGACAUUUCCAGUCCUCGCAAUUCAUUCUCUUUUUCUUUUUUUCGCUAUCUUCGCAUCAGAUUUAUCGCUCGAUGUUGGUUCUGGUGCUGCGUCACAACUUCUUCGUAAAGCAACCAACUUGGCUCUAAAUUCGCCUCGACCCUUGCAGUUCACGCUAAAUACCCAUCAACAGCCAUUCCUAUCUUCUCUAGCGCUAAUUGAAACAACAAAUCGAAUUUCAUAUUCAAAUUUAACAAUUAAAUUCUCCCCAGAAAUAAUUCAUCUACUAGCAAAUGAUGUCAAACUAUAUUCGAUUUCAAACGUCAGUCCAAAUAUUUGGCCAGUUAGUUUUGGUGACGAAGUUGUCGACUUCACCGUGCAAAUACGAAAAUUGAAAAUAUCGGCAAAAAUAGAUGAAAAUUCAGUGAGUAUGAAUUCAUGUUACUUUAAAGAAACUUCCGUGAAUGCUUCAUCGCAUAAUUAUUGGAUUUUCGCAACGAUUUUGUCAAUUUUAUCGGAACCAAUUCAAAGCAAUCUUGAAUAUCUCCUUUGUCCAGUUAUUGCAGAUUUUAUGGUCAGCAAUCAAAGUGCCACCAUCAAGUUCGUCGUUGAGAAACAUAUUCGAAUAAUAGCUCAACUCGAAUGGAAUCGUCUCUCGAUGUUUGAUGGCUUAAAAUCACCAGUAUUCAAUAUAACUGAUUUCGAUAUUGAAUUUGAUGGUGAAGAUCGAUUAACUGCAUGGAUCGACGAUGCUGGUAUAAACGAUAUGCUUAAACAGGUUGACUGGAGUUUCCACUGGAUGGAACAAUUGAUAGCAGUGACCAGCCCUGUUAUUCCUCUAUCAUCGCGAGAAUUUCUGUCAACACUUUGUGUUUCAUGUUAUUUCCUUUUAAAUGUUUGGGCUAAAGGUUCGCCUAUUAUCACCGCCACGAAUGCAUCAAUUAUUCUUGAAAAGCGUGAUCGCAUAAAUCUGAAAGUUGUGAAUCCCGAUAAGAACGUUACAUCGGUUUUCAUAUCAAUGCAGCUUUCAAUAAAUGCUGAACUUCGACCUGUUAUCGAUGGAGGAAUACUGCGGACUUCUGUACAACUAUUGGAUACAAACGUGGUAAUGGAAAAUGGUGCUUUUCCUCCAUCAUGGUCGCUUUUUGUCCAGGAUCUCGUUAGAGGAAUGAUAAUCGAUAUGAUGUGGCCUGAGUUGAAGAAACAAAUCGAAGAAUUAACGUAUAGCGAAGGAAUCGAAUUACCCUUAUCAUGUGGCAUUGAUCCACAUCACACAGAAAUUUUAAUCGGUGAAUCUCAACUUGGCUUUAGUGCUUCGCUCAAUUUACAACGACUACAAAUACAACAAUGCAUUAAUGAUAUUAAGAAAGCUUUGCCAAAUACAUCGAAGUUAUUUCCAAAAUAA